GACUCCAAGAUCUUUCAUCGUCGGCUUACCAUAACGAAUUAUCUAAAGGAAAGGAUGGAUUUUAUUUUCAUGAUUUUUCGUGCACCACGACAAACGCAAUCAAAAAUUGGUAUGAUUUGAAGAAAAAAAAAUCCAAGGAGGAAGACCUGAAAUUAGAGCUUUAUUAUUCCUCACAACAUUUUGAAAGUUUUAUCGCAUACUUAUACGGGCUUCCUUUGCAAUAUAAAAGGAUGGACAAUUUGUUCGUGUUUGCAUACUUGGCCCUCAAGUUUCGCGUGCCUGAGUUAACGGAAUAUUGCGAGAAUUUGUUAAUCCGAAUGUGGGACAGAAGGAUGUGGAGAAUCACACUGAAGGUUAGCAAAUGGUUAGGACUUCAUAAGUUGCGAUCGGAAAUCUUGAAAUUCUUGUGGGCCAAAGGUGUGGAGAAACUGUUCAGUUCCCGUGUUGCAAAAUUUCUAAAGGAAGAUGACAUCAAAGAUAUAAUUAAGUUGGCAGAAGCCGAAAAGAAAAAAAUUCAAACUUUGGAAAAUGAAGAGGAAUAUGAAGACCAGGAUGAAGAGGAGUCUGAAGGAGAGAAAGGAGUCGAGGAUGACGAAAGGAAAAGUGUUGGGAAAAUUACGAAGGUGAUUUCGAAUGAAGAGGAGGACGACGAGGGGAAGGAUACGCACAAUUAUUACUGUUAUCAUAAUCGAGUUUGUCGCGAAGAUAGAGGAGUUGGAGAUGCUACGACUUCAAAUUAUGAAAAUAAAAAAAUACGCAAAGGAUCAAAACGUAAGAAUGACAAGAAUGUACAUGGUUCAAAGUUCAUUGCAACACCUGGAGAUGAACACAACAAAAAUGUUCGUGGAAAAUCGAGCUAUCAAAGAAACCCUGUGGCAGUAUAUCGCAAAGAAGAGCUGUCAAGGUUUAAAAGGGGAAGAGGUGUAAAAAGGUUUUUUCCUAUUCCGGAACCUUCUUACGGAAACAAAUUUUUGAAGAAUAGUGGGUACGUCAAAACAGCCACGCCAUCUGAUGACUAUUACGGAGAUUACGAAGUUCCGUACAAAGGAUCAAGACGCGUAAAGGGUAAUGCAUCGACAUCCGACGAAAUUUCAUACGAAAUAUUGCAUGAUAGGUUGAAGCACGUUAUUCCAUCCGAAGACGAUAAUGAUGUGGAUUCUGACGUUCCGCAAAAAAGGUCGAACAGUGGACGAUGGAGAAGAAAUGAAAAGGUGCUCACUAAUGACAAUGAGGAGGAUUCUGUUAAUGCGAAGUUCAUUGUUUCCACCGACUCCUCUGAUCGUCAUAUUUCAAGUAAUAAAGGAAAAAGAAAAGUUGAUAAAAUUCUCGCCACUUGCGAGCAGUAUAAUUGUGAUGAUGGCAGCCCAUCACGUAAAAAACAAAAACCUAGAUAUUUCAAUGAUCUCACGACAUCAGAAGAUGACAGCGAGGGUUAUUACGAUGAUGAAACCUCGCCGUCGCCACCUCCUCCAAAAAAAAGUUUUAGAAGAUUUGGUGGAGGCGAUGGAAAAAAUCCAAAUAGCUUGUCAAACAAAAAUGUUCAUAACAUCGAAUUGAGAAGAAGCCGCAUUAAUCUAUUAGAUAUCGAUCCAGAAGGGAAAAUCGAAAAGUUUUUCGUCCCACAAUCAAACCGCGAAAAGAGCGGAAAAUUUGGAAAGAGUUCCAUUGUACCGCUACGCAAAGGUGGGUGGAACAGAAAAAGCAAAUCAAUUGGUACUCCACGUGAAGACGAGAUUCUCGAAGAAUGCAAUGACGUUGAACAGUCAACGAAUUCAAACAUUGUCCUACCAUCGGAAUUCCAUAAUACCGUGAUCUCCAAGUUUAAACCAUCCAUUAGGACCGAUAGGUCAAAAAGAAAAUCGUUGGAUGGUUAUGGCUCACGAUCAAAAUGA